CUGCAGUAACGCAGGCAAGUGCUUUGUUAAUUCAGUUCACAUGCUGUACCUAUCAGUGUUCAGCGCGCGGAUUGUUUUACCACAGUUCACUUGUCAUUUCUGAGUGAAAAAGCAGAUUGACCGGUGUUGCUGUAGCCGUUGGAGCGACUGUUGUAUAUUUUUUUGCCUGGACAAUGGAUAAAACAUUUACGCUGUAUUCAGACAAAGCCGAAGAUGUCGCUACCUCCUCUAGUUUCCGCCAAUUUAAAAUAGACCAUUUUCAUCUCGAUAUUAAAGUGGAUUUUGAACAGAAAAGCAUUUCAGGCACCGAAACAAUACAGCUGCAGUGCAUUCAGGAUAGUCAGAGUGAGUUACAGCUAGAUAUUCAUCCAACACUGUCCGUGCAUGAAAUCACAUUCAGUCGUAAUGCGCGUGACUGGACCAGAGCAGAAUUUCUGAUUCAGGACUUCACCAGUUAUGGCACCACACUCGUUGUGAAGUUUCCCACGCCUUUCAACUCUGAAGACAAACUUCAGCUUGCAGUCAAAUAUACAGCUUCUGAUGGACCAGGGGUGUGUUGGCUGGAACCAGAGCAGACUGCGGGAAAGCUCAAGCCUUAUGUUUUUACUCAAGGCCAGGCUGUUCUCAAUCGCUCCUUCUUCCCUUGCUUUGAUACUCCAGCAGUCAAGAGCACCUACUCAGCAGCAGUUCAGGUGCCUGAUGGCUUCACAGCAGUUAUGAGCGCUAGUAAAUGGGAGCAGAGGAAAGCAGACAGCGCUUUCCUGUUCACUAUGGAGCAUCCCAUUCCCGCUUACCUGGUAGCACUGGCAGUAGGGGACCUGCAGUCUGCUGAGGUGGGACCCAGGACGCGUGUUUGGACCGAGCCUUGUUUACUGCAGGCAGCCAAGCAAGAGUAUGAUAAUGUGAUCGAAGAGUUCCUGUCUGUGGGAGAGAAACUGUUUGGACCCUAUGUUUGGGGAAGAUAUGAUGUGCUGUUCAUGCCUCCAUCCUUCCCUUUCGGUGGGAUGGAGAACCCCUGCCUGACCUUUGUCACACCCUGUCUGCUGGCCGGCGAUCGCUCUCUUGCUGAUGUCAUUGUACACGAGAUCUGCCACAGCUGGUUUGGGAACCUCGUCACCAACGCCACCUGGGGCGAUUUCUGGCUGAACGAGGGCUUCACGAUGUACGCUCAACGUAGAGUUUGCAGGGAGCUGUAUGGAGAGGCUUAUACAUGUCUGGAGGCGGCGACUGGUAAAGCUCUUCUACGUCAGCACAUGGACAACACUGGAGAGGACCAUCCUCUCAAUAAACUACGGGUUAAGAUCGAACCAGGUGUCGAUCCUGAUGAUACCUAUAAUGAAACGCCCUAUGAGAAAGGCUUCUGCUUUGUUUCCUACCUGGCCCACCUCACAGGAGAUCAGUCACGCUUUGAUGCAUUCCUCAAGGCUUAUGUGGAAAAGUUCAAGUUCAGAAGUGUGUUGGCGGAGGAUACAUUGGAGUUCUACCUGGAGUAUUUCCCAGACCUGAAAGAGAAGAAUGUCCACAAAAUUGAGGGUCUGGAUUUUGACAGCUGGCUCAAUGUGCCUGGUUGGCCUCCAUAUGUCCCUGAUCUCUCUGCUGGUCAGACACUGAUGAAACCAGCAGAGCUGUUAGCUGAAAUGUGGGUUAACCAUAACCUGGACUUGGAAUCCAUCAGCCAAACUGAUAUAAAACCAUGGAAGACUUACCAAACUGUCUACUUCUUGGACAAGAUCAUUGAGAAGUCACCCCUUCCAGAUGGUAACAUAAAGAAACUAGAGGAGUGCUACUCGCAUAUUACUGAGUCCAACAAUGCCGAGCUGAAAUUGCGAUGGGCCCAGAUUGUUGCGAAGAACCAGCAUAAACCAGGAUUCCAACAUAUUCGCAAUUUCCUCACGAGCCAGGGGAAACAGAAGUACACACUACCUGUUUAUCGGGCCCUUUGGAAUGGAUCAGAAGAGACAAAGGCUCUGGCAAUGGAGAUAUUUUCAGAGACUUCGAAUCAGCUUCACAUCAAUGUCCGCAAUUAUGUUAAAAAGAUAAUGGCUUGAGCAUAAAUUAAUAUAUAAGGGAAACCAAUGUAUGCAUCCUAAAACCUCAAAAGGACUCUGUUGAUGAUGAUGGUGAUUUGAGCACAUAAUCUGUAUUUGUCAGGAAAUGGCCUGCACUUUUUUGAAUUAGUGAAUUUUAUAUAUACAUUUAAUGAAUAAAUUACCUUAAAUUUC